CCCCAAGGUCGUUUUCCUCCCCGGCUGCCUGAAGAUCAGCCGCCAUCAUGAACCACACAGUAACUGUCCGGACUAGGACGUUCAUGACCAACCGACUGCUUCAGCGGAAACAAACGGUCAUUGAUGUUCUUCACCCUCGAAAGGCAACAGUACCUAAAACAGAAAUCCAGGAAAAACUGGCCAAAAUGUACAAGACCACACCAGAUGUCAUCUUUGUAUUUGGAUUCAGAACCCAUUUUGGUGGCAGCAAGACAGCUGGCUUCGGCAUGAUUUACGAUUCCUUGGAUUACACGAAGAAGAAUGAGCCCAAACACAGGCUUGCAAGACAUGGCCUGUAUGAGAAGAAAAAGACCUCAAGAAAACAGCGAAAGGAACGCAAGAACAGAAUGAAGAAAGUCAGGGGGACUGCAAAGGCCAAUGGUGGUGCUGGCAAAAAGAAGGAGUAAAGAUUCUGCAGUGACUGUAUCUGUGACGCUUGUGCAGAUUUUUCAUGAAAGAAUAAACUAAGACCUUUUACA